GACGUUAAUUCAGAAGAUCAAGUUAAAGAAUUGAUUAAAUUAACAAUUGAACAUUAUGGUAGAUUAGAUGCGGCUGUUAAUAAUGCUGCUUGUGCUUUAGAUGAUAAGAUUUUUGGGGAAAGUAGUACGGAUAAAUUUAGAGAAAUGAUAGAAACGAAUGUUUUAGGUGUUUUUUGGUGUAUGCAACAAGAGAUCAAAGCGAUGUUGAAUAAUGGAGGAGGAAGUAUCGUCAAUUUAACUUCGAUGGCUGGGUUGAAUGGCAUUCCAUUGACUUCUACUUAUUCAGCUACCAAACAUGCUGUCGUCGGCCUGACCAAAUCAGCCGCUCUCGACUACGCGACCCAAAACAUCCGAAUCAACGCCGUAGCCCCCGGUGCCAUCCGCACAGAGAUCCUCAAUUACGCCAUUGAGAGUGGAGCAUAUCCCCUCGAAGCUAUAGAAGGUAUGUUCCCCAUGAAACGUUUGGGUGAACCGGAAGAAGUGGCACAAGGGAUAGCGUUCUUACUUGAGAAUACGUAUACUACCGGGACUGUGUUGAGCAUUGAUGGAGGUUUCAAUGCGAAGUAG